AACAGGAUGGCUAGUCAGUGAGUGAAGUCCGUGCUCAGUGCCUGUGAAACUGGAGUCUGAAGUUUUGGGAGAGUAAAUCAGCUGGCUUUCUUUGCCCAAACUCCACAGGCAUGAAAACUUGCGGGCGUCGUGGGAGCACAGGGCUUGCGCAGAAUUCACUGAUCUUCAAAUCAUCGUCAUCACAAAAUUCCUCGCACGCGUGGCAUACAAAUCGCAGGUUCUGCGCAGCCGCGGCGCCGUGCAACCCUGCGCUGACGCGCAGCGCUGGGCGGAGUGAAGCUCGGAGCUGCGCUAAUUACACAGAGUGGAGUUGUACUCCAUGUGGAGAUGUAGCGUCUACAGGCUGCAUGAAACCGAGGACCCAAAGCAAGCGGCAAACAAAUGUUUUCAAAGUGCGAGUGUUGAGAUAAACUCCCUCUUCGCUGCGAGGAAGCCGAGCUGCUGCGGUCUCUGAAGCCUGAGGGACAUGCCAGAGGAGUCCCACAGCAGUCAUUGUCAUCGUCAUCGUCAUCAUCAUCAUCAACAUCAGGACUCAAUGGGUGACGAAUCUCCUCGCUUGUCUGUAGACUCCUCUUUAAGCAGUCAUGACCCCACAUUGGCAGAGUACUGCUCGCUGUUGGGUGUCGAGCACUCUGAGGACGAGCGGCCAGUGAGUGCCGUGUCCACGCUCUCGUCCACCUCCUCCGGAGAAGGCCAGAGCAGCCCCUUCAGGGGCCCCAUCCUAGCCUCAUCCCGACCCUCCCCACCCACAGGCCCUGAUAUUGAUCUGGAGCUUAGUCCUCCUGAAGAACGAGAAGAGCCUUCAACUUUACUGAAGCCUGGAAGCAGGAGGCCAAAGCAAGACCCCUCUGAGGAUCAGUGCAACCACAACGUAUCCAGCACUGGAGCCAGAACUCCACCUCAGAACUCAGACACACCUUCUCCCAUCGCCACUGAAGCCAUGGCGCCCAAUCCUCAGCUCACCUAUGUGGACCGUGUUGUCAUGGAGAUAAUAGAGACAGAAAGAAUGUAUGUCCAGGACUUGUGCAGUAUUGUGGAGGACUACUUGGCUUAUAUUAUUGAUGCCAGAGACUUGCCCAUUAAGCCUGAGCAGGUUAGCUCCUUGUUUGGGAACAUCGAAGUCAUCUAUGAAUUCAACAGUGAGCUGUUGCAGUGUUUGGAAAUGUGUCACAGUGAUCCUGUGGCCAUCGCCUGUUGCUUCGUGGAUAAGAGCCAGUAUUUUAACAUCUACACACAGUACUGCACAAACUACCCCAACUCAGUGGCCACCCUCACAGAGUGUAUGAGAAACAAAACGCUGGCUAAGUUCUUUCGGGAUCGGCAGGCAUCUCUGGAGCGCUCCCUUCCUCUGGGUGCCUACCUGCUCAAGCCUGUGCAGAGGAUUCUGAAGUACCAUCUACUGUUACAGGAGAUUGUCAAACACUUUGACCCUGAAGAGGAUGGCUAUGAUGUAGUGGAAGAGGCCAUUGACACCAUGACAGGGGUGGCCUGGUAUAUCAACGACAUGAAGAGGAAGCACGAGCAUGCAGUGCGGCUGCAGGAGAUCCAGUCUCUUCUGCUCAACUGGAAAGGGCCUGACCUCACCACCUACGGCGAACUGGUCCUUGAGGGAACCUUCCACGUCCACCGUGCAAAGAACGAGAGAACGCUCUUUCUCUUCGACAAGAUGCUCCUCAUCACCAAGAAGAGAGGAGAGCAUUACGUCUACAAGACCCAUAUCACGUGUUCCACUCUAAUGCUGAUCGAAAGUGCCAAGGACUCACUUCGCUUCAGUGUGACCCACUACAAGCAUCCCAAACAACCUCACACAGUGCAGGCCAAAACAGUGGAGGAGAAAAAGCUGUGGGCUCAUCACAUAAAGCGGCUGAUUCUGGAGAAUCAUCAUGCCAUCAUACCACAGAAAGCCAAAGAUGCCAUCCUAGACAUGAGCUCGUCUGGUCCGGUGAAGUAUCGUUACAGUCCUGAGAGACUAAAGAAGCCCUUGUCCUUUCAAAAUGAGGACUUUCCUGCUGGAGGACGAAAGGGACGAAGGCGAUCAGAGCCAAUGAAACAGAGUGUGAAGAACACAAAAGGAACGCUCAAGCAUGCAGACAGCGUGGGCACUCUUCUGGCAGACAGCAGUCAUCGCCCCCUGCAGACUGCUGCUAGCAUCUCCACCCUGAGCUCCAGCCUGGGAGAGCCUGAGGUGGAGAGGCCUGCCCUGCAGGAAACCAGAGCUGAGUGGCUUCAUCUCCGCACUAACUCCCUCGACCGGCUGAGUGCAACUGAUCUAGAAGCCCGUCGGCUAGAGAUGCCAUUCCAGAGAGAGGAAGAGGAGAAGAAAGAGAGAGAGGUGGAGGAAGAGCAGGGUGGGAGUGGCGAAGAGGAGGAAAAGAUUCUGGUGAAGGAUGAGCAGGUAGCUGACUUUGCCAGCUCGGUGCUGGCCGCCAUCUCCUGCUGGCACUAUAGAGCCAAGGCUUUGCUUUUCACUCGGGUCCCAACGUAUGGAGAUGAGGAAGAGCCUAGUGAGGAGAAUGAGCUGGGGACUAAAAGAAGCCAAACUCCAUCUGAAGAUGAACAAGACUUGGGACUUUGUGAACAGGACUCUUCUGGGGAUUACUGCUCACAGAGCUUUUCUCUGGCUGAAGGCACAGAAGAAUCAAGGGGACAACAACCUCCCCUUCACCCUGAGAUGUCUCAGGAUGUAGACAUGGAGUGUGAAGAGACUGUGGAGAGCAGUAUGGACUCCUCAUCCCCUAUACAUAAUGAGAGCCAGCUAGAGGACAAGGGACCUCCAUCAAGCAGGAACCUUACUGAAGAUGUGGAAGACCUGGAGGAGGAAGAUGAUGAAGAGGAAGAGGAGGACGUUUUGUUAGGUACCGAACCUACCAGCAUCCUUCCUACAUCUGUGCUGGACAAGGCCAGUGAUAUUGCUGAGCGGUUUAUUAGCAGCCUCUCUCGAAGAAGCAGUCUGGUGGUUGAUGACAUGUAUUCCAUUGGAUGCCACUCAUCUUGCACAGGCAGCAGAAGGAGUAGUUUGCUUGGCCUCAAUGCUGACCUCUUGGAGAAAGAAAAAAUUCAUGAGUUGAACUGUUAUUCCCCAGAGCUACAUGCUGUCAUACCCAUGGCUGAACCAUCAGCCUCAAGCACUGUUACUGACCGGUUGGCCACCCCAGACCAAAGACCACCAAACAAACAAGAUACCCUCUCCAAAAAGGACAGAAUGCUUAUCCACAAAAUAAAGCAGUACUAUGAGCAUGCUGAGCACCAGGAUGCCAAUUUCAGCAUCAAGCGCAGAGAAAGCCUCUCUUACAUCCCGGCAGGGUUAGUCCGUAAUCUGAGUCGACAGAUCAAUGGCCUCCCCACUGAUGAAGAUAUUGCAGUUUACAAGAAGGUCUCCUCAGCUUCAAGGCCAACCUCCUGGGCAGUUUUUAACCUUCCUGGUCUGGACAAAGAGAGGAACACUAUGGCCAAACACACAAAUCUUCCGGCCACUGUAGAUGGCAAUGAUGCUAUGGUUAGAUCUCCGGUAGGUGGUGAAAAUGAGGACUUCCAGCCCUCAGCUGAGAUGCUAAGGGUUUGGAAAGACAUGGAGGUAGAGGUUGUUGAGGGCUCUGAGUCCCAUCAAGAUACUGGUAAGGAUGGCCUUUAUGAUGUCAGGCCUAACCAGAAGCAAAAGAGAAGAGAGAGCUCUGAUGAUGAAUGUGGUGAACCCCUGCUAAUAUUGGAAGAGUCGGACAACAGCAUGGCUGGACAAGGGUCUUUAACCCCGUCCCCAGUUAGCAACCAUACAUGGAAGGACCCUGAGCUGGAGCUCAGACCAAACAGUGAAAACAUGCUCCAGGAAAGACACAGAGUCAGGCAUGCUCCCCUGCCCAAGAUUAUCUCUCUGAGGUCAGGCUCAGAGGAAGACUUAAUUCUGCAAGAUAUGGAAAAGAUGAAGAACAAGGUGUUUCAGCUGGCUAGGCAGUAUAGUCAGCGUAUUAAGAACAGCAGACCUGUAGUGAAGCAGAGAGCCAGAGUGCCUGAGAGCCACUUUGGCCCAACGAAUCUGGCUUCCCUUGUAGAGGACAAAUCUCCAGUGCAUGAGAAGGGUUUGCGCAGCAUCAUACUGCCACAUGGUUCUUGUGAGCACACAGAACACAGUCCCUCUCACAGCCCCUCCUCCUUGGACAGUCCUCGAUUGCAGUCCCCUAGCAGAGCACCUUCUCUGAGUCCACAGAGCCCAGUCUACACUGAGAACUUCCAUUGGCCAGCCGUAAGAGAGCUACGCUCCAAAUAUUCCCGUCGUGGCACUCAGCCUCUCUCAGUUACCCGUAGCUGCUCUGUUCCAGACCGAAUACUUGAGACCGCACUCAGUGACCACAAAGCCCAGCGUAGCUGCUCCUGUUCCACCCCAGUUUAUGGCAGCUCAACACCAACAAAAGCCACAGCAGCUUCUUGCUACGAGUCCCAGGGACCUGCAGGGCAAACAGCGACUAAACUGUGCAAAGCCAAUUCUGUGGACUACAUGAUGGCACCUCUUAAUUUGAAUUACAUCUCUGGUGAGGACACCCAGCCCAAUGACAACAAGGUCAUAAUAGUAGAAAGGAUUAUCGGAGAACAGUCAGGGGAGAGUGGCUUUGCAGGAGAAGAGAAAAAAGAGGAGACUGGUGAGAACCAUCUGAGGUGGGAUCCAGACCUUGAACUGCCAGCUAGAAUAAAGGACAGAAAUCAUGACUCGAGGUUGCAAACAUGGCUAGACGGCAGCAGAACGUAUCCGCUGAGGUCACUUGGAAAGACUGAGACCAGCCAGCACAGUUUGGUCAAAAACCUGCGGGAGAAAUUCCAGAACCUUAGCUCACACACGUAGACGGCAUUGUGAACUGCUUUCACGUUCUUUACCAUUGUAUAUGACUGUAGAAAAACAAUGUGUGGUAGCACAGACAAAGACAGCUGGGCAUGAUUUUGGUUUUGCCAAUAUGUCAUGCAUGCAGUUUUUGCAGCUUGUAUGUUUUUAAUAGUGAAAGUGAUCGAGACUUAAACCAUUCCAGUUGUCCAGUUAUGUUGUAGUGGCCAAUCUAACUGGAAAAGGGACACUUAAGAACUUCAAAGGAAAUAUUUAUAAAGUGGACUUUUGGUAUAAUUGCGUGUAUAUUAGUGUUUUCUUAUAUUUGCCAUUUUGUUUAUCUAUGGACAAAAGCUUUUGUUAACUGCAUAAGCGUACUCAGGAGAGAUUUACCUCUGAUAUGCUAUAAUGGGAUAUAUAUUUUUGGGAUAUGUAUGAUGACCAUCACUUAUGUUUGUCAGGCUGUAGGUAAACUGAAGUGGCUAAUCUCAAAAUGUCCACAACAGUACAGGACAAAACCUGUUGGAAUUUCAAUUAAUUUUUCUAAUGUACGUUAUUACAGUGUACUGUGUUGCUUGUUUUUACGCUACAUGUUACAUUGUUUGUUAGUCAGGGCUGUUCUUACUUAUCCCAAAACUGUUAACUCAGAUUACUGUAUGUACAAAGCCUAGGAUCUUUCAAAGGAGUCUUAAACAACUAGUAUGUGCAAUGCUUUACAGGUUAUACAUUUAUUAGUAACCUUACAACAUGGCAAGUGUACUGCAAUGUGAAGAAGUGUUUUCAUAUUUAUCAGAUAAAGGUGAACGGUGUGUGAAUAUUAAGUACUAUGAAGACAUUGCCAGGUCUGUCUGCAUUGUCUGUGUGUAUAUAUAAGCACUGCAGGGGAACGAGGGGAAUCUUAUAAAGCUGUCACUCCACAGUAAUGAUGAGACAACUAAAGGAUUAUUCCAAUUAAACACAGUCAGUGGACAACAGUG